ACAAUACGUUCGGGAGCGCUCCUUCGGUUCCAGCCAAUGGUGCCACAUAGCAGCGAUGGCGUCCGGGAGAAGCACACUGGCGGAAAGCCUUCGGGAGCUGUACCAGUUCAGUGUCGUUGAUUACUGUAUGUUCGGGGCGAUGCUAAUACUUUCGGCCGCCUGUGGAAUCUACUUUGGUUUCUUCAAACGAAACAAAGGUGGUGAUGUGGAAACGCCAGAAAGUAGUAGUAGCGACGAUGAGAGCGCCCAUCGGACUGUAGCGACAAAUACUGGCAGUGGAAGUCGUACCAAGACUACGUUUGGAUCAUCGACUAUGGAUGAGUAUUUGCUUGGCUCGCGGAAGUUGAAAGCAUUCCCUGUAGCGAUGAGCCUCGUGGCAGGAUAUAUAUCCGGUGUGACGAUACUAGGAACACCGGCCGAGAUCUACAAUUUCGGGACACAAUAUUGGCUAAUUGUGAUACCGAUUCUGCUGAUGGGAUACGCCGUUUGUACCGUCUAUCUGCCGGUGUUUUGCUCGUUGAAGCUGAAUUCGUCGUACGAAUAUCUGGAAUUACGAUUCAACUCGUACGUCCGAUCGAUAGCAUCAGUAAUGUUUGUUAUUGAUGAGCUUCUUUUCCUCCCGAUGAUCAUCUAUGUGCCAGCACUAGCGUUCAAUCAAGUAACGGGCUUCAAUCUGUACGUGAUUGGUGCGAUCGUGUGUGUCGUCUGUAUAUUUUACACCCUACUGGGAGGUAUCAAAGCGGUCGUAUUUACCGAUGCAUGGCAGGUGGUGGUGAUGUUCAUCUCCGUAGUUGUGGUCGUCAUAAUCGGUACGAUUGCGAUCGGUGGACCAGACGUCAUAUGGGACCGGUCGGUGGAAGGUGGACGGAUAGAUUUCUUCAACUUCAAUCCCUCGAUGUACGAGCGGCAAACGUUUUGGGCCGUUUUGAUUGGUGGCUUCUUCUACUGGACUUCGUUCAACUCGGUCAACCAGACGAUGGUACAGCGCUACAUGUCCCUACCGAAUCUGAAGAAGGCAAAGUUAUCCAUUGCAAUGUUUACCGUUGGAAUGGGCGUGUUUGUGUCGGUAUGCUGCUAUGCCGGUUUGUUGCUGUACGGAAAAUAUUUCGAAUGCGAUCCAGCGACGGUUGGACUUGUAACGACGGACGAUCAACUGUUUCCUCACUAUGUGAUGGAAUCGGUUGGGAAACUAAAAGGCAUUCCGGGAUUGUUUAUAGCCGGUGUGUUCGGAGCCGCCCUUAGUUCACUUUCCGUUGUACUGAACUCUACCUCUGCGGUCCUGCUGGAAGACAUUUUGAAGGGACUUUUCCGGGUAAAUCCAACUCCAUUUGUGGCGAACGUAUUCGUGCGCGGUAGUGUAGUGGUACUCGGACUAGCCGCUAUGGGAUGUUUGUUCAUCAUAGAGAAGCUGGGCGGUAUACUGAGUGUGGCCACUUCCCUGUCUGCGAUUGCAGCCGGUACAACGUGUGGGAUAUUUACGCUUGGAAUGUUGAUUCCGUGGAGCAAUACGAAGGGUGCACUUUUCGGGGGUGUAUCGGGUGCAUUGCUGUCCGGUUGGGUUUCGCUUGGCAGUCAGUUUGCCAGUGCAGCUGGAGAGAUCGUACCACACAAGCUGCCCGUUUCAGUGGACGGAUGCAUUGAGGAUCUGAUCACAAACGUCACAAUGGUGAAUCCUAUCUAUCCGGAUGAGAGUGGAGUUUUUCCUUUGUACCGGCUUUCGUACCACUGGAUCACACCGAUCGGUGUAAUGACAGUACUGAUCGUGGGGACAGCCGUCUCGUUCAUCACAGGUCCUCGAGAUCUGCGUCACAUCGAUCCGGAACUCAUCUCACCCGUCAUACAUCGGUUCCUGCCACAGGAAUCGUUCGGCAACUUUGGAACUGCGAGCAAGAACUCGGCGGCGGGACCUGUGAUUUUUAGCGAAGAAAUGCAACCUCACACAAACGUGUCGACUGCUACGGGGAGUGUCCCGUACGGCUCGACGGUGGAACGGAAUGGAGAGGUACUGAAAUCUCGAUGAUGAAGCGGUAACUCACAAUCAAGAAUAAACACAUAUCCG